AUGCGCCUCCUUGGAUCUAUACUAGUGACUAAAAAACAGGAGCAUAAUAUGACGCUAAGGAUUCAGUCUGAAAGUAGAGAGCAAUUCGAUGCAUUCAAACAAGCCCCUUUGUUUUGCAAUAUCCCCUCCAUUGUCUUGAUGCUUGGAUUCUGUCCUUAUCCUACAUCUUCAGGAGUAAAAGGAGCUUUCUGCAGUGUCGGCUGGGAUCCCACACAGCUGUGGCAGCCAGGGCUGCGGCGGCGGCUCGGUCGCGGCUUGCGUCCCCGCUGCCCCUGCUGCUGCUGGUCUCUGCUCCGGACGCGCUCAGAAGGUGCCACCGCCGCCUUCUCUGCCCGGCUGGCCGCCGGGAGUGAACGCGCCCCCGCCUCCCGUCUGCUCUUCUGUCCGUCUGCACGUCUGUCAAUCCGACCGUCUGUCGGUCCGACUAGCAGCUCGGCGCGGGAUUCUCGCUUCCCUGCGCUCUGCUCUCAGAGCUGCCACUCUCGCAGGCUGCCAGUCUGUGCGCUGGUCUGUCCGUCCGUCCGAAUCCCUCCGUCCCACCAGCAAUGCAGCGUCCCUCUUCCGGUCUUCUGUGCCCACAGUCCUCUCCCACUCUGUGCCCCUGGCCGCUUCGCUCGGCUGUCUGACUGCUCCCACCUGUCCGUAGCUCUGCCAGUCCCACCCCUAGCCAGCCAGCCUCGGUCGAUCCCUCGGUCCCGUUCCUCCCGCUUGGCCGCCUCCGUCGUCUGCCCCUCCGCCGGUCCGUGCCCUCCCACGCGGCUGGCACUGCCGCCGGGGGCGGCGCCCGGCUCCUCCCUGCAGCCCCGGAUGCGUCCGGUCCCCGCCCGGGCUGAGGGCAACGCGCGUGUGGCACGUGGCUCCGCAGCUGCUCUGGCCGGAGACCCCGGGCCCCAGACCUGCCACACCCGGGAGGUGGCCGCAGCCGGACGCCUGCCAGUGCCGCCGCCUCUGUGCCACUGGGAGCAUCCAGAACUGGCCCAUCCAGAGUGAUGGCACCUGCUGGGUGCGCCGGGCGCCCGCGGUACCACUCAUUCCCUGGGCCGUUCUCCUCCAGCCCUAAGGCUGGAGACAAAGCGCAUUAGCCACGCGCAGCAGCGUGAGCAUCAUUAAUCAGAAAGAAAACUGGCACGUUGCCCCCUGCCCCGCCACACCGCCUCCCUGCUCCCAGCCAGCAGGCAUGUAUUCUCUCUUGUCCCCCGU